AUGGCGCCGGCGGGGCUCCUCGCUUCUCGCCGACCUCGUCUCGUUCGGGUGGCUGGGGGAGCAGCCCAGGAUAGUGGCGACAGUGACCGCCAGAUCCGCGCCGCCUCAACCAGAUCUGGCGGGGUGGCGGCUGGCUGUGGGGAUGGCAACGGCGACGGCAGGGGCGCGGCUGGGUCCACGGCAGUGGGGAUGGCGACGGCGGCGGGGUUCCUCACUUCUCACCGACCUCGUCUUGUUCGGGCGGCUGGGGGAGCAGCCAAGGACAGUUGUGACAGUGAUCGCCAGAUUCGCGCCGCCUCAGCUGGAUCUGGCGGGGUGGCGGCUAGCGAUGGGGAUGGCGACGGCGACGGCAGGGGCCCGGCUGGGUCGACGGCCACGGGGAUGGCGACGGCGCCGGAUCCGGCCGCGCUGAAGGCGCAUCCGGCCUCCCGACGGUGGAUCUAG